AUAGGUCUUUCGCCCCUGUCCAUACUGCAAAUCGCAAUUCCAGUCUUUCCACACUCACUACCACUAUCACAGAAAACCGUCUGAUCAUCUUGUAUAAUGUCCGCUCCAGAAGCCACUGGCACUCGCCAACGUACUAACAAGGUCGAAACCCCCACAAAUGAAAACCAGAACCCAGCUUCUUUAAGUGCAAAUCCCAAUAAGAAGGUUCCAAGGAACAAGCCUCAUGUUAAGCCUCCAUUUGUUGACAUGUCUAUGAAUAAAUUCCUCACAUACCUUGUACUCUCGCUCUUCCUUCUUUUUGCCUUCUAUAUGUGGCGCUUUACAGUUUGGGCCCAUCAAGCUGGAGGAUACUGGGCACUUAUAACAGGCCACCACAUGUCGCCUGCGGAAGUCGCUGCUAAACAAGCUGCCAGCUCCGCUUCUGCCUCUUCAUCAGUCGCCAGCUCCACAGCUUCCGCUACUACAUCAGGGCACCCGCAAAAGAUCAAGGCUAAGCCAACUCAAGAUGCCGGCGACGGUGAUGACAACAUCCAAUCUCAAAUCUUCAACCUCGCUUCUGCUCUUGGUAUCACUCCCGCUGAACUUUCUUCCGCUAUUCGCCCGCUCGUUGAUCCUUCGGUCCCAAACCCCGCUGAGAAAGCCAAGCAAGACGCACAGCUCCUCCAAGCCAAGAUGGCGUCUCAGCAGCAUGAGAAUGAGAACCAGGAAGGUAGCGUGUUGGAUAUGCUCGGGGAGGCUUUGCUUGACUAAGCGUAAGGAAUGAAAGUUGGACCAUUUUCAAACAAGAAAGUAGAUUAUAUGUAGCAUGAAUCUCCAAUCAUACCCA